ACAUCAUGGAUAUUUGGUCUGCAGGACAUUUUCUUUAAAAAAGUAUAUCUACCAGAAAGGGGAGACUUUCUCUGCCUCUAUACUUUUGAAGCAAGAACAGUUUGCUGCUUGUUAACCGACUCCACUACCAAAAUACAAGUUUCAGAAGAAAUUUAUAUGCCUUGUUUGGUCUCUCCAAUUACCAAACAACUUUUUUUCUAGUGCUCCUUUUCUUUUUCAAGAUUUUCACAUUUAUUGAUGAAGUAAAACUACUUUAAUGGUAAUUUGACUGCCCAAAAGGGGAACUUUUGAAGAUCGACGCUGCAACAUUUAUUGUUGUAUGGGUGACAAGGAAUCUAGAGGAGCCUUCUAUUUAUGAAUAGUGUAUUGAACCAUGCUGAAGAGUAAAGCAACGAUCUCUAAAAUGAUAUUCUUACACUUGAAGUGUGGGCUUGUAGAAAAUGAAACACCUUUAUCUACUUUCAAGCCAAGCCAUAUAACCCCACUAAAUCCUCCAUUUUCAGCACUAAUACAUCCAUAUAAAUUAAUACUCUGUUGUCUCCUUUGAUUUAUGUAAAAUCAAGAAAUACAGAACAAAUACCAGAAUCCCCUAAAUCAUGGCUAAGAAACUCUUGUUGUUUCUUGUUUUGCUAAUGGGGGCUCUUGGAGCUGCAAAAACCAAUUUUUUAGAUGAUGUCAUCCUGUCAGAGCUUGAUGAUUUGGAUGUAGAAGACGGUGAUGAAGGAGAGGUUUUUGACCUCCCCAGAUGGGGAACUGAUCGUGGCAACAAGAUUCUUGUCAAUGUUGAUAGCUUUGGUGCAGUUGGUGAUGGGGCUUCAGAUGAUACCAAGGCUUUCGUUGAUGCAUGGAAACAAGCUUGUUCAACACCAAAAUCAGUCUUCUUGGUCCCUGCAGGACACAGUUAUCUAGUAAAUGCAACAAGGUUCCGAGGACCCUGUGCGGGCAUACUGAGAGUCCAGAUUGAAGGAACUAUAGUAGCACCGGAUGAUCCUAAGACCUGGAAUUUUACAAAGAAUGGACGAAUUUGGCUUGGCUUUUUAAACUUGACUGGAGCUUUGUUCCAAGGAGGAGGGGUUAUUGAUGGAUCAGGCAGCAAAUGGUGGGCAGCUUCAUGCAAGAAGAACAAGACUAAUCCUUGCGUAGCAGCACCAACUGCUUUAACUAUAUAUGCGAGCUCAGGUAUAAAGGUGAAGGACCUAACAAUUCAAAAUGGCCAACAGAUGAAUUUUGUCAUUUCUCGAUCAGACUCUAUACGAAUAAGUGGUGUUAAGGUUUCUGCUCCUGAAGACAGUCCUAAUACUGAUGGAAUCCAUAUAACUGAAUCUACAAAUGUUGUACUCCAGAAUUCCAAAAUUGGAACAGGUGAUGACUGUGUCUCUAUUGUCAAUGCUAGUUCCAAUAUCAAACUGAAGAGAAUUUACUGUGGACCUGGCCACGGAAUCAGCAUUGGGAGCCUUGGUAAGGACAACUCUGUUGGUAUAGUUACUGGCGUUGUACUUGAUAAUGCAUUUCUCAAAGGUACCACAAAUGGUUUGAGGAUCAAGACAUGGCAGGGAGGAUCAGGUUAUGUGCGUGCAGUGCGCUUCCAAAAUGUAAGGAUGCAAGAUGUUUCCAAUCCUAUCAUCAUUGACCAAUUCUAUUGUGACUCACCAAAGUCUUGCCAGAAUCAGACAUCUGCAGUUGAGAUAAGUGAGAUAGUUUACCGGAAUGUUAGUGGUACUUCAAAGAGCCAAAAGGCAAUCAAAUUUGCAUGUAGCGACAACGUGCCCUGCAGCCAUAUUGUUCUGAACAACAUCAACUUAGAGACCAGAGAUGGUACUGCUGAGGUCUACUGCAACUCUGCAACAGGGAUUGGUUAUGGUUACAUUCAUCCAUCGGCUGAGUGUCUCAACUCCUCUGACAAGAAAAUUAAGCAGAAAAUGGAUGCUGGACUUGACGAACCAAGGGAAGAAUACAUCGUUCAUACUGAGCUAUGAAUUGCCAUCACUCCCAACAUCAUGAUUAUUGAAGCACAUAUUUUUAAUAGACAUCUCGUAGUUUAGUGCUUACUGAUUUGAGUAAUCUCAGAUUCUGAGAUUCCUAACUAGGUAAGAUAACAGGGAUUCAUUAAAAAUAUUUAUAUAAGACAUAUAUUAUAUACUUAAUUUUCUUCCAUGAUAAGUUCAAUGUAAUACACAAAUUUAUUGAGAAUUAUGUUCAGUGUUCGAAUAUAUUGAGAGGGCUUAGGAGGGCCAUUUUCUCAUUUCUUAUUUUUUGUA